UUACGUCUUCAAGUCCUUUCCGAACAGAAUUAUGUUAAGCUUAAAAAAGUUGUUCCUGUUUACACUAAUUUCGCUUGUAUCUUCCUCGACUACCCCGAAGCAGGAUGAAACACGAGUUGUGAACGGGAAAGACGCCAAAACGGGUCAGUUCCCCUAUCAAGCUUUGGUAAUCGUCCAUCUUGCCAAUGGACAGAGUGCACUAUGCGGAGGAAGUUUGCUGAGUAGUGAAUGGAUUCUCACAGCAGGUCACUGCGUAGAGGAGGCAAAAUCUUUCAACAUAACGCUCGGAUCAAUUGCAUUGGGCAGCCAAAACGAAGACGUUGGCCGCAUCGUGCUGAACUCCGAGGAAUUCAUUCGCCAUGAAGACUACAAUGCUGGAUCCGCCUCGAACGACAUAGCCGUGAUAAAACUUCCCGAAAAAGUUACCUUCACCGACAACAUUCAACCCGUGAAACUGGCGAGCGAUAAGGACAGUUUUGCGAGACAAAAAGUUAUCGUUAGCGGGUUCGGUCAGCAGAAGGAUGGUGGCAAUGUGGCACAAAAUUUACAGUAUGCAGAACUGGAAGUUAUAACCAAUACGCAAUGCAUGCUGGUUUACGGACCACUAGCAAUCAAGUCAAGCAGUAUCUGUGCUCGGGGACCGAACGGAGAAUCCGCAUGCCAUGGUGACUCCGGAGGACCGUUAGUUUUGGAGCAGGAUAAGACGCAGGUGGGGGUAGUCAGCUUCGGACAUCUCGUUGGAUGUGAGAAGAGUAUCCCGGUGGUCUAUGCGCGUGUGACCGAAUUUAGGGAGUGGAUAAAGGAAAAGACGGGAGUGUAA